AUGACAACAUUACAAGAACAAUUCGAAAAAAAAUUUCCGGAUAAGAGGGUGGGAGUACUCAUUGCUUUUUUUAGAGACGAAAACAACAAGUUCACUAGUUAUGAUUUAGAUUUGGGGGAGUAUGAGAAAGUCGGUAUUGACCUUAUCUCCGUGGACUUUUUAAACCAAUUACCUAAUCCCGAGAGGUUAGAAAAAUUAGAAAUUUACAACAACAAUAUUCAACCUACUGAUAUCGAAAUAUUUAGAAAGUUUGUUAAUUUGGAGGUUUUGAAAAUUGGAACCGAAAGAGAAGUUUUGAGCCAAGGCAAACGCAAUAGAUUCUAUGGCUCCUUAAAAUCUUUUCAAAACUUAACUAAAUUAAAAAAUAUUUUUAUCGAAGCCACUGACAUAAAUGAAGGAUUAGAAUAUUUACCGGAAAGUUUAAUUAAAGAGAGCAAAAGAAUGGGUGCAUAUAGUAUCGAAUGCUCUACUAAUGAUACCGAUGCCAAAUGUAAAGCCAUUCAAGACCAACUUAUCCCUUUCAAUUACGACCUAGAAGCCUGGCAAUUAGUUAAUAAUCAAUACCCCAACCUAACUAAGCACAUCCAAGAAUUAAGUCAAAAAAUAACCGAAAUCAAACAAGAACUUCAACAAACCAAAUCCCAAGAAAUAGAAAAAGACAAAAAAAUAAAAAUUUUAAGCAAAGAGACCGAUAAUUUAAAAAAAGAGAAAAAAACGGAGUUAGAACAAUUAAAAAAAUUGCUGAAAUCUAAGUUGGAGGAAAAAUUUCACGAUGAGUUAGAUGCUUUGCUUGAUGCUAACGAAGAAUAUAUAAAGAAUGAUAAUAAUUUUGCCAAAAGGCAGUUUGAAAGAAGUAAAAAGAAAUUAAUAGAAAAAGGCAAUUUAGACGAGCAAGAAGUAGUAAAUGUUUGUGAAAUCCAAAAAGAAUUAGUAAAAUUAGCAGUAGGAAUUGAAAAUCAACUAGAAGCAAAAAUAGAAAUUAAUUAA